AUGAUCAAUGCACAGCAAAUGGAAGAGAUGCGGCGAGCAUUCUAUAUGAUGGAUACAAAUGGCGAUGGUGUUGUAUGUCAGGAGGAUCUUGAGACCAUAUUUGAGAAUCUAGGCCAAACGGUGCCACCAGAACAAAUUGAAAAGAUGCUUAGCGAAGGACCUGGAUCUACGAUCAAUCUAAUGGUGUUUUUGACAUUGAUGGCCGAGAAAUUGACGGGAACAGACCCAGAGCAAGUGAUAUUGGACGCUUUUUCAACCUUUGAUGAUGAUGGUAAAGGCACCAUCAAUGCUGAUUACCUACGAGAAUGCAUGACCACCAUGGGCGACCGAUUCACACAUGAAGAGGUUGACAUUAUGUUUCAAGGCGCUACCAUUGACGAUAAAGGAAACUUUAAUUACAAGGAUUUUGCUCAAGUGCUUAAACAUGGAGAAUAA